AUCAACCACCACAUGAACCUCUCAGACUAACUCAACAGAAAUACUCAUCACCCAUCACUACAUCACCACCAACGCCACAAUCUCCUCUGUUAUUGACAUGUCAUCACAGGGAAGUGCCUAUUACCACCACCAACGCCGCCACCUAGAUGCCACCAAGAAGAGAGAGCGACUCGUCAAUCACAUAGACCAAACCUCACCACUGCCACCUUCUUUGGUUCAGAAGCAAGCUAUGUCUGAGUCAGGAGUGACACCCCUUCCAUUACCCUUCCUCCCUGAUGAGCUCGUUGUUGAGAUUCUUUCAAGGCUCCCCGUGAGGUCUCUGCUAAAGUUCAGGUGUGUAUGCAAGUCAUGGAUGUCACUGAUAUCUGAUCCUUACUUCAUCAAAAAGCAUCUUCACUUCUCAUCUCAGAGCACCCACUUCACCAACCAUAAGAUCAUAUUGAGUGACACAACCGCUGAGUUUCACCUCAAGUCUUGCUAUGUGAGCUCUUUGUUCAAUAACUCAUCGAUCAUUUGUGAGGACCUUAACUACCCAGUUAAGAACAAGUACCGCCAUGAUGGGAUUGUUGGCUCUUGUAAUGGGUUGCUUUGUUUUGCCAUAAAAGGAGACUGUGUGCUUCUCUGGAAUCCUUCCAUUAGGCUCUCCAAGAAAUCUCCACCUUUGGGUAAUAAUUGGAGGCCGGGGUGUUUCACUGUUUUUGGCCUUGGUUAUGAUCAUGUCACUGAAGAUUACAAGGUGGUGGCUGUGUUUUGCGAUCCUAAUGAGUUCUUCAGUGAAUCUAAAGUGAAGGUUUAUAGUAUGGCCACCAAUUCUUGGAGAAAGAUUCAGGAUUUCCCUCAUGGUGUCUCACCCUACCAAAGUUCUGGGAAAUUUGUCAGUGGUACUCUUAAUUGGGCUGGUAAUUACUCUGUUGGGUCAAGUUCUUUAUGGGUUAUUGUUUCUUUGGACCUGCAGAAGGAAACAUAUAGGGAAGUUCUGCCACCUGAUUAUGAAAAGGAAGAAUGUUCCACCCCUUCUUUGGGUGUUUUACGGGGAUGCCUAUGCAUGAAUUAUGAUUACAAAAGAACCAAUUUUGUUGUGUGGCUAAUGAAGGACUAUGGAGUCAGAGAGUCUUGGGUUAAGUUGGUGACCAUUCCUUAUUUGCCUAAUCCUGAAGAUUUUUCGUAUUCAGGGCCAUAUUGCAUUUCAGAGAACAGUGAAAUCCUUUUGAUGUUUGAGUUUGACUUGAUUCUGUAUGACCCAAGAAACCAAUCAUUUAAGUAUCCUAGGAUUGAGGGUGGGAAGGGUUGGUUUGAUGCAGAGGUCUACUGUGAAACUCUGGUUUCACCAAUGAAGCAUCAAGGUUAAUGUGCUGUGAAGUGUACAAACGUUGUUAAGCUCAGUUUUGUGUUGUUGUAUUGGGUUAUGUAUCCAUCAAUGAUGGAGAAAAUUUGCAUCUUCAACUAUUUGUUUGUAUAUGGGAAGAAUUUACUGUGAAGAGAAGUAUAAUGCUUUCUUGUAUUGUGGAAAGAAGCAUAUAUUUAAUUACUCAUCUUAAUUCCGUUGCGUUUCUAAAAGAAGAAUCAGGACUUUUCUCAAGUUUAAAAGAAGUAACGAACUACUUUUGAGGGGGGGGAAAGGGCACAUACUGUUAUUGAAGGAUUAAAAAAAGGAAAACUUCUACAUCUCUAUUGGCUAUAUACCACAUCCUAUUCUAUUGCCUAUAUAGCAAAGCACAAUGCUAUGCUUGCCUUUAGAAAAAAAAGCCGAGAAAGGAAUAAGCCAAAGAGCUAAGGAACCGGAUUCUCUAGCACAACACUGGAAACAGAUUUGUGGCCUGCAGCAUGCUAGCCUAUGUAUUUGUUUGGAGGUAAAAAAACACUAAAAUAACUGCAUUUUUUUGUAUAUAAACAAUGUAAUAUACCAAAGAAUUUUUCCAAUU